AUGUUCGGCAGCCUCAGGCUCUGCGGUUCAGCGGCGCUGCUGGCGACCCUGGUGCUGGCGCUGCUGGCGGGCGAUUGCAGCGCUCGGUCUGGCCCCUCCAGGGCGCUGCUGCGGAUCAAGGCCCAAAAUGCCAUCACACAGGGCGGCGAUUUUGAGGCCGCCAGGUCGCUGCACCCGCCGGUGGCGCCCAGACACCCUCACGUCAUGACCAUCAACAACGACACCCGUGUCGACGAUUACUACUGGCUGAGGGAUGACGCCCGCAAGAGCCCCGAAGUCAUCUCAUACCUUCAGGCUGAAAACAACUACACCAACGCCGUCAUGGCCAGCACCAAGGGCCUGCAGGCCAAGCUAUACCAGGAGAUGCGGUCCCGUAUCCAGGAAGACGACAGCAGCGUACCCAACAGGUUCAAGGGGUACUGGUACUAUGCACGCGUCAGCGCAGGCCAGCAGUACAGCGUGCACUGCCGCCGCGCGGUCCCCGCAGGCGCGCCGUCGCUCAACGAAGCGGACGUGCCAGACGCAGCCUCUCGCGAGGAGGUGGUUCUGGACGAGAAUAGGCGGAAGGAGGAGGUUGGGAAGGCCUUCUACCAGCAGCAGCAGCAGCAGCAGCAGCAGCAGCAACAGCAGCAGCAGCAACAGCAGCACAUGCACGGGGUCGACUGUGUUGAAAGCCUGGAUGUGUCCCCCAACCAGAAGCUGCUGGCUUGGACCGAGGACACAGACGGUGAUGAGACCAACCGCCCCUACAGGGUCUGGCGUCACAAGCUUGGGUCACCCAACUCUGAAGACGUCCUCGUGUAUGAGGAGCGCGACAGCGGCUUCUUCGUCAACAUCGGCCGUGACAGCAGUGACCAGAUCCUCUACAUCCGCACUGGUUCCGCAGUGACAGGUGAGGUGCUUGUCCUGGAUGCCAACAACGCCACUGGAGAUUUCAAACCCAUCCUUCCCAGGACACCGGAAGUUGACUACUCAGUCAGCUACCACCCUGGCGACAAGCCCGGCGGUGAUUGGUACCUUUUCAACAUGCGGACGACAGACCGCCCCAACUCCGAGCUCCGGGUGGCGCCCGCCAGCAACCCCCAAGACCAGAAGGUGAUCCUGGCGCACCGCGCGGCGGUGCAGCUGGACGGAUCGGACGUGUCUCAGCGCUACCUCGUCGUCAACGAGCGCGCCAACGCCAGCACACGCGUCGUGGUGCACCGGCUGGCCGCCGGCGGCGCCAUGCCCGCCGCGCCGCUGGGGCCGGGGGAGGUGAUCUCCUUUGACGAGGCGGUGUACCGCCUGUCUGGAGGCCUGACGGGUGGCUGGGACAGCGAUGUGCUGCGGCUGUCGUAUGAGAGCAUGACAACGCCCACCAGCACUAUUGACCACGACAUUGCCACAGGACGCCGCGCAGUACGCAAGGUCCGCGCCGUUCUCGGCGGCUUCAACAAAGAUGACUACAACUCUGAGCGGCAGUGGGCGACAGCGGCCGACGGCACCCGCAUACCCAUCAGCCUGGUUUACCGCAGGGGCGCAUACAAGCGGGACGGCUCCGCCCCCAUGCUGCUGUACGGGUAUGGUAGCUAUGGCACGCCCUCCGACCCCGCUUUCAACUCCAAGCUCAUCAGCCUGCUGGACAGGGGCUGGUCGAUGGCGAUCGCUCAUGUCCGUGGUGGCGGUGACAUGGGCCGGCUGUGGUAUGAGGACGGCAAGUUCUUCAAAAAGAUCCACACCUUCACAGACUUCAUAGCUUCAGCCGAGUACCUUAUCAAAAACAACUACACCAGCCCCAAUGUGCUGACCAUCGAGGGCCGCUCUGCCGGAGGCAUGUUGAUGGGCGCCGUGCUGAACCAGCGGCCAGACCUGUUCCGGGCCGCCAUCGCUGGCGUGCCGUUUGUGGACUGCCUCACCACCAUGCUUGACGAAUCCAUCCCCUUGACCACCAACGAGUUCGAGGAGUGGGGCAACCCCAAGGAUGCAUUAUUCUAUUCCUACAUGAAGAGCUAUAGCCCGGUGGACAACGUGCGGCCCCAGAGGUACCCGACUUUGCUGGUGACUGCUGGCCUCCACGACCCCCGAGUUGGGUACUGGGAGCCCGCCAAGUGGGUGGCCAAGCUGCGCGCCACCAAGACAGACAAGAACGUCCUCCUGCUGAAGACCAACAUGGGCGCCGGCCACUUCAGCGUCACGGGGCGCUUUGAGAGGCUCAAGGAUGACGCGAUGGAGUACGCUUUCCUGCUCAAGGCAACAGGGCAGGAGGCAAUCCAGCCGCUGGCCGGGACGGGGGCCGGGGCCGGCGCGGCCGCGGCGGCAGGAGCCGAGGUCGACGCGGACGAGGUUGUGAGGGAUGCGCAGGAGUGA